UCCACUUCGCUGUAGAAGUUGUUGGCGCGAAUGGAUCCCGAGUCUCGGUAACGGAUUCCCCGGCCCACGGCGUGCCCGCCCGCGCUUCAAUCCGUGGGCUGCGAUGGAUAUUCGGAAAUUCUUUGGGGUUAUACCAAGUGGAAAGAAACUUGCAAGUGAAACAGUAAAGAAGAAUGAGAAAACAAAGUCUGCUGAAGAAACUUUAAAAGCAAAGAAAGGAAUAAAGGAAAUCAAGGUAAAUAGUUCUUGUGAAGAAGAUGACUUUAAACAGAAGCAACCAAACAAGAAAAAGAGGAUCAUCUAUGAUUCAGAUUCAGAAUCAGAGGAGACAGUGCAGGUAAAAAAUGCCAAAAAGCAACCAGAAAAAUUGCCAUUGUCUUCUAAACCUGGUAAAAUUCUGCGGCAGGAUCCUGUUACAUACAUUUCAGAAACAGAUGAAGACGAUGACUUUGCAUGUAAGAAGGCAGUCUCUAAGUCAAAAGAGAAUGGAGGAUCUACAAACAGUUACCUUGGAGCAUCAAACAUGAAAAAGAGUGAAGAGAACACUAAGACCAAGAAUAAGCCUUUAUCACCAAUAAAACUUACCCCUACAUCAGUGCUUGAUUAUUUUGGAACUGGGAGUGUCCAAAGAUCAGAUAAGAAGAUGGUGUCAAGCAAAAGAAAAGAGCCUUCUCAAAAUACAGAUGAUUCCAGAUUAAAUGAUGAAGCCAUCGCCAAGCAAUUGCAACUUGAUGAAGAUGCAGAGCUGGAGAGACAACUGCAUGAAGAUGAAGAGUUUGCCAGAACGUUAGCCAUGUUGGAUGAAGAACCUAAGACCAAAAAGGCUCGAAAGGACCCAGAAGAGAGAGAAACAUUUUCAUCUGUCCAAGCCACUUUAAGUAAAACAGAAAAACAUAAAUAUCCUCAUAAAGAGGAAAGAAAGAAUUGCAGUCCUAAGAAGCAAACUAAAUGUGAAAGUUCAAAAAAAUCUCAGCAACAUUCCAAGUCGUCAGGUUCCAAAAUAGGAGAACCUUCUCCAAAAGCCAGUUCCAAGCUGGCACUUUUGAAAAAAAAACAAGAGAGUUCUUAUAAAGAAACAGAGCCUGUGCCCUCAAAAAGCAAAGAAAAUGCCAUUGAAUUGAAAGGAGAAACAAAAACUCCUAAGAAAACCAAAAGUUCACCAGCUAAAAAAGAGUCUAUAAGUCCUGAAGAUUCUGAAAAGAGACGCACUAAUUAUCAAGCUUAUCGAAGUUACUUAAAUCGAGAGGGUCCCAAAGCUCUGGGCUCCAAAGAAAUACCAAAGAUGAAGAAAGACAAGUCCAAAUUGGAGAGAACACCCCAAAAAACUGGCCAAGGAAAAAGAAAAAUUAGUCCAACUAAGAAGGAAUCAGAAUCCAAAAAGAGCAAACUGACUCCCAAAAGGGACAGCUCUGUGAAGUCAAUAAAAAAGGAGACAAGUGUGUUUCGGAGAGGCCUGGACUUCAAGGAGCAGGUGGCCGAGGAGACAAAUGGUGACAGCCAGGCUAGAAAUUUGGCUGGUGACAGCAGUGAAAACAAGGUGGAAAAUUUGCUCUGGGUGGAUAAAUAUAAGCCAGUCUCGCUCAAGACCAUAAUUGGACAGCAAGGUGACCAGAGCUGUGCCAACAAACUCCUCCGCUGGCUCCAAAACUGGCACAAGAGUCCAUCAGAAGAGAAGAAACACGCAGCCAAGUUUGGUAAAUUUGCUGGCAAAGAUGAUGGCUCUAGUUUUAAAGCAGCUUUGCUCUCAGGCCCUCCAGGUGUUGGCAAAACAACCACAGCCUCUCUGGUUUGUCAGGAAUUGGGAUAUAGCUACGUGGAACUGAAUGCAAGUGACACUCGGAGUAAGAACAGUUUGAAGGAGAUUGUUGCUGAAUCACUGAAUAACACCAGCAUCAAAGGCUUUUAUUCAAGUGGAUUAGCUCAUUCAGGAAGCAUGAAGCAUGCUCUCCUCAUGGAUGAAGUAGACGGCAUGGCAGGCAAUGAAGACAGAGGAGGAAUUCAGGAAUUAAUUGGCCUUAUAAAACAUACAAAAAUUCCCAUCAUUUGUAUGUGCAAUGAUAGAAAUCAUCCCAAGAUCCGUUCUUUGAUUCAUUAUUGUUUUGAUCUUCGUUUUCAAAGACCUCGCGUUGAACAGAUUAAGGGUGCUAUGAUGUCUAUUGCAUUUAAAGAGGGUUUAAAGAUCCCCCCUCCAGCUAUGAAUGAAAUAAUUUUGGGAGCCAAUCAAGAUAUCAGACAGGUUUUACACAAUCUGAGUAUGUGGUGUGCACGAAGUAAGGCACUAACCUAUGACCAGGCCAAGGCUGAUUCUCAUAGAGCCAAAAAGGAUAUCAAACUGGGCCCAUUUGAUGUUGCCCGGAAAGUGUUUGCAGCUGGAGAGGAGACUGCUCAUAUGUCACUUAUGGACAAAUCAGAUCUCUUUUUUCAUGAUUAUUCAAUAGCACCCCUCUUUGUCCAGGAGAACUACAUACACGUGAAGCCUGUAGCUGCAGGGGGUGACAUGAAAAAGCACUUGAUGCUUUUAAGCAGAGCGGCAGAUAGCAUAUGUGAUGGUGACUUGGUGGACCGUCAGAUUCGGAGUAAGCAAAACUGGAGUCUUCUGCCCACACAGGCCAUUUAUGCCAGUGUUCUUCCUGGAGAGUUAAUGAGGGGGUACCUGACCCAGUUUCCCACCUUCCCAAGCUGGUUGGGGAAGCACUCAUCUACGGGCAAACACGAUCGUAUUGUUCAGGACCUAGCACUGCACAUGAGUCUCAGAACUUACUCCAGCAAAAGGACUGUAAACAUGGAAUAUCUGUCACAUAUAAGGGAUGCACUUGUACAGCCCUUGACCUCACAAGGGGUAGAAGGAGUACAGGAUGUUGUUGCUCUUAUGGACACAUAUUAUUUGAUGAAAGAAGACUUUGAGAAUAUCAUGGAAAUUAGCAGCUGGGGAGGCAAACCUAGUCCCUUCUCCAAGCUGGAUCCCAAGGUGAAAGCAGCCUUUACAAGAGCUUACAAUAAGGAAGUCCACCUUACUCCGUAUUCACUUCAGGCAGUAAAGACGUCCAGACAGAGCACAGGCCCAGCACUGGAUUCUGAGUAUAACGAAGAAUUAAAUGAAGAUGACUCUCAAUCUGAUGAGAAAGAUCAAGACUCUAUGGAAACUGAUGCUAUGAUCAAGAAAAAGCCAAAAUCUUCAAAUCCUUCAAAAUCAGAAAGAGAUAAGGAGUCCAGAAAAGGAAAAGGAAAAAGUUCAAAGAAAUGAAACUGUUUUCCACUACUGACAGCCACUUUUUACUCACUAUGCUGACCAGUCUAGCUGGUCUAGAGAAUGCCUUGUUUUUUCCAAAGGAACCAUGUUUUAGCAUAAUGGGAUACCCUAGUGGUCCCAUUAUAAACAAACGGUGGUACACUAGAAGGAUGUAACCAGUAGGCUAAUGUACACCUCUUAUAGAGGUUGAUAGGACUGCUUGGGUCCUCCACUGUCCCCUGUCAAUCUAAUUAGAUUGUGCUUCAGAAUGACUGUAUAAUCAGAACUAGAAACUACAUGUGUGCUUUGGAGUCAGAUUUGAGUUAACAAUUAUAGGCCUUGGAACGGUGGUACUAAGGUGACUUUUGUAGGCUUAAGAAUUUAUCCUAAUGGCAUUUAUAGGACCAAUGCCGAUUUUUUUAAAAAAGUAGUUACUAUUAUGUGGUGAAAUUUUGUAAAUAAAUCAUAAUACAAAACAAUCA